CGGCGAGCAGUAGUGUAUUUGCAACUAUGGAACGCUGCACAUAACCCAAUUAUUUGUUUGCCUGGCGCAAAUACUAACACUGCUCAAAUGCGCGCUCCGAUUAAAUUGCCCGCGAAAGUGUGACGCUUCCAAGCAAAAUCUGCAUUGUUUCCUUUGCUGUCACGUCAAAGGUGAUGCUGAGCUCCAAGAAAAAGUCUGGCCGUCCAAAAGAACUUUUGGCAUUUGCACGACAUGGACAGUUACGACAAAUUAGGAGACAAACGACCGGCCAUGGGUGCAGCAAGAGCCUCGUCCAGAUGCAAAACCUUCAUGAUUUUCUUCUUUGUGAUCGUGGGAGCAAUUUUAAUGAUAGCUUUGAACAUUCUCCAAAGUAGGGAAACUCUUUUGGAGGACUCUCCGCUAAGCGAUCAUUUAUUGAGAUCAAUCAUGGCAGAAAUUUUCAAUAGCAAUAAUAAUGACUCCGCUGAACAAUCUCAGACAUCAAAUCUCACAGCAGUAAUAACAGAACCUACUUUAAGUGUUGGUAAAAUAAAUGAAUCAACGUGCAGCCAAAAGGCCACAAACCGAGGCCCACACCAGAGGGUGGUGUCCUUUUCCUACUACGGCGGCAUCACCAGCAAAAGGGGCUAUUUCAGCGGCAUUGAAGAGAACGCCAAACUGAUUCAAAAGAUCUACCCCAAUUGGACGAUGCGAGUUUAUCACGACAUCAAGGACGAAGGCAGAUUUCACCAAAUCCUGGACGAUCUGGAGCAAAAGUUCGGCAAAGUUCUCGACCUGUGCUUCGUUGGAAAUUUACCCAUUUUCGGAAAUAUUCUUGGGACUCAGCAGAAUAUGUGGCGCUUCCUGUCACUGGCCGACCCUUUGGUUGACAAAUCCCUGUUCCGAGACUUGGACAGCAGCCUUAAUGAAAGAGAGGCCAGUGCUGUGCAAGAGUGGCUCAACUCUACAUACCCCUUGCAUGUCAUGAGGGACCAUCCGUACCACUACCACCCACCAAUUCUUGCUGGAAUGUGGGGUGCACAGCUUGACCUGGGCCACAGAGACCUUUGGAAGGAAGCUUUGCGCAAGAUGAUGGAAAUGGGCAAAGUUGCUGGAAACAAGGGUUUGGACCAGGGUGCUUUGCAGGCUGUCGUAUGGCCGCUGACUAAGACCAAAGGGUUUUUAUUGCAGCACGAUAGCUUCACCUGCGACAAAGGCGAAUUUAUAGUUGCUGGGGAAGUAAGACACUUUCCAAAAUGCAGAACUCCAAAGGUGGGAGGAAAUUUUGUUGGCUCGAGAAAGGGAGUCGACACGAAACCAAUCACUGAACCUUGUCCGAAGAAGUGUCGAGCGCGCGAGAGAUGUGUCCAGUGCUGAUGAAUUGCAUAUUUAUUAGUGGAAAGAAGUGCCAAUAAUUUUUAAUAAAAUUGUCUCAUAAAAUCCAUCAACUGAA